AUGUGCUCCCUCGUGUUCGUCGUCGUCUCCACUAUGGCCAUCUUCCAGUCGGCACUGGCUCAAACUUGUUCCAGCUCGGAAGGACCCUGCUUCACAGCCGUCGGAACCACGUGCACCUUGAACAGCGGCGCGACGAAUGGUGUCUGCACGAACAGCGCUGACGGCGUGGUCUGCUGCAACCCUACGCUUGUCGUUGCUGCCUCUACCACUGGAGCUACUACCACUACACCUGCUUGUAUCGACAAGACUAACCCGAGCACCGGUGUUUCCGACUGCGCAGCCCGUGUCGCCGCCGGAUAUUGCACCAGGAAGUACUACACCACCCUGAUGAAGCAACAGUGCCGUAAGUCGUGCGGCUACUGCUCAAGCUCCAGCUCGACCAACUCCACUUCCACCUGUGCCGAUCUCACCAACGCUCGCACCGGAACCUCCGACUGCCCCCGCCUCUCUUACCUGUGCUCCAACUCCCAGUACCAGAGCAUCAUGGCCGUCCAAUGCCGCAAAACCUGCGGACUCUGC